CUUCGACACGCUGCUUGCCAUCCCGUCCACUAGUAAUACACGAGAUGGAACCCACCAAUGCCGAGGCGGGACCUUCUACGCAACCACAUCAUCCGCCUGAGGACGAUGCGUCUGCGGUAGACCCCGUUUGGACGACGAGCCGUACGGCGCGCCAGAUCUACUACCUCUGCAAUGUAGAGAAGAAAAUAACAGUCCUGCUUCAACGCGCCUCAAAUGCCAUGCUCUGUCUGUCGCUGCCCCAAACGGACGGCCCAGACGAUAAACUCAUCGUCCAACCCGACGCUCCCAACGCGGAUGAACCUGCAGAAGAUGGUCUCCCGCGCGACGUCCUCCGUAAGGAUGAAAUGCGCAAUGAGCAACUGGCUGCAGAGAUUCAAUCGUACUUCGACGUGCUACUGGAAAUCUCACACGAAAUCCGCUCCUCCCUCGCACACAUCCGGCACGCGCGCAUGACGCCGUCCUCCAUCAUCGCCCCCGACGCGAUCUCGCCACCAAAAGGUCCGGGACAACCUCCUCAGCCGUUCACGCCACCUGCCUUCGGUGUGGGGCUGCCGUACGACGAGGAUGAUGCGAAGAGGAGGAAUGAGCGGGGGUUGCAGGAGGCGAGGAUUGAGAGGGAUGCGUGGAAGGGGAUUUUGGACGCGCUGAUGAAGUUGAAGAAGGCGAGGGAUGAGGAGGGGGCGGGAGAGGGCGAGGAUGCGGCUAUGGCGAAUGGGGGUGAGAAGGCGGAAUCCCCUGGGAAGGAGGAUGCGAUGCAAGUAUAGCAGAGCUAUCCUCCGUCCAGCACUGCUAGGGAAACCUUCGUGCGUUACAGGUUGCUCUCCUGCAGCACCUCCUGCGCCUUCAAAUACUCCUCGUCGUCCAGAAUCUCGGGGUGCUGCUUUGCGACAACCUGCGAAGGUUCUCAGCGGCCUUCGAAAUAGCUCGAUGGUGCUAGUACGCACCACGAUCUCCCUUAGGUCGACGGCAGCCUUCCCAACACGCGACGAAGUGUCCUCGA